GGAGUCGCAGUCAUGGUAGUUUUAACAUCGCCAUGUAUCAUUUUCAGAACACGAGGUGGCCUGAAUUUAUCAUUCCCUUUGACUGCGACUGAUGAAGCCUCUGCCAAAAAAGCUCUUUUUAGAGCAGUGUGUGACCUCUCUGCCAAGCUCCUAUCAGAAUCCCUGGUGCUGAAUGUUUGUAACAGUGUUCUGUACAUAUGGCCCAAUGCAGGAAUAUGCACACAUCCCACAGAACUAAGAGACGAUACUCCAUGCAAAGACAUUCUGCGCUUUAUUCAGAUGGAUGAUGAACGCAAAGUUUUUAAAAAGAAAGAGAAAAAAAUCCAAGAUUUGCAACAAAUAGUAAAUAUCAAGCUUUUAUUUGAAAAGACUACCACUUCCGAAGCUGUAUGUCCAGUAAUCCAUCAGGACGUCACUAGCCUGCAACUUGUAAACAUGAUAUUACCCAUCGAUACAGUGAUUUCUGUUUCUCCUGAUGAGACCUGGGGGAAAGUGCGACAGCUGCUUGUAAAUGGGCUCACUCAUCAGCUGUCAGAGAUGGAAAAGUGUCUUUUGAAAUACAUGAAAGGAACGUCUAUCUGCUUAGCAGAACCAAAUCACUUUAUGUUACUGGACCAAGAGCUGGCUACAGUGAUCUACCCUGCAGGAUUUGCCGAUGCUCAGCUAGAGGAUUGCAGAAAGGUGUUACACGACCAGUUUAAUCUCCCUCUGGACAGACCAUACUUUCGAAGGGCCAAUGCCUUCCACUUCCCAGAUGAGCAGUACAAGGAUGGCUAUAUCAGAAAUCCACACCUGCAACUCAGCACACCUCCUCUAGAGGGAGCAACAGUGUCUCUGGUGCAGGGGUUGUACAGUUACCAUCACUAUAUGCAGGAUCGCAUGGAUGACAAUGGCUGGGGUUGUGCGUAUCGAUCUUUGCAGACAAUAUGCUCUUGGUUUAAAUAUCAAGGCUAUACGGACAAACCAAUUCCAACCCAUAAGCAGAUACAGCAGGCCCUUGUUGAUGUUGGGGAUAAACCUGCUUCCUUUGUAGGCUCGAGGCAAUGGAUUGGCUCAGUUGAGGUACAGCUUGUACUGGACCAACUGCUGGGGAUUACAUCAAAAAUAAUGUUUGUCAGCCAGGGUACAGAGCUGGCAUCUCGAGGGAGAGAGCUCGUUAAUCAUUUCACAUCAGAGGGAACCCCUGUCAUGAUCGGAGGUGGAGUCCUAGCUCAUACGAUUCUUGGGGUGGCAUGGAGUGAGACGACAGGAGAUAUCAGAUUCUUGAUUUUAGAUCCACACUACAAAGGUGGGGAAGAUCUGCAUGUUAUUCUGGAAAAGGGAUGGUGCGGCUGGAAGGGGCCUGAGUUUUGGGAAGCAGAUGCCUACUAUAAUUUGUGCUUACCUCAGAGGCCAACAACUAUUUAGUAUUAUUUGUUAUACUGUAAAAAGUUCUCAUUAAAUUAAAUUUAAAAGAAAAA